AUGGCCGCCCGCUCCGCCGCCUUCCUCGGGUCCUCGCCGGUGGCGCCGUCGGUCACGCAGGUCGCCGGCGCCAUGGUUCCCUCCUCCCGCCUCCUCUCCGUGCAAGUUCAGAGCGUCCACCACCACUUUCAGGCCUACUUCCAGGCCCUCGACGGCGCCGCCACCCAAGACGUGUCCCAGAUUCUCUGCCCCUCGUGGCGCAACGCCGUCGAGAGGCCCUUCCUCUGGUUCGGCGACCUCCAUCCCUCCAUCUUCGUCAACCUCCUGCGCUCCUUCCUCCUCCGCAGCCACGGGCAAGGCGGUGGCUCGGCCGCCCCCGGCGACAUCUCGCCACCGUUCGCCGACGCCUGGAAGGACCCCUCCCCACGGCUUACGGCGGAGAUCAGGGAGAUAGAGUGCCGCCUGCGGCGGAGGGUCCCGCAGAUCGUCCAGUUGCACCGGCGUGUCCAGGCGAGCUUCACGGAGAGGGCGGCAAGCGAGUUUAAGGAGCACGGGGAGGUCUCGGAGGAGGCGGCAGCCGCCAUGACAGCUGAGCUCGCUGGCUUGUUCUUCCAGGCCAACAGGCUGAGGAAGAGCGUACUGGAGGACAUCCUCGAGGUCCUGGACGUCUGCCAAGCCGCCGCCUUCUUGGAGGCGCUCUGCCAGCUCGUCCUCCGCCUCAGGGAAGAGAAGCUGCUCCUCCAAUUCCACAGUUGCAGGGCGCCGCUCCCCUCCUCCGCCUGGUGA